UCCAAUUUUCCCAAGCUCGCCCAGCGCGGCCUUCCCCAGAGCGCGACCACGCCACGCCGUGCCGCGCCGCGCCGCGCCGCGACGAGCGGAUGCCGUCCAAGCGGCCGUCCAUGAGCGCCAUGGACGCGGGCGCCGCGCCCGCCUCGCCAUCAUCCCCUCCUAGGUCGUCGAAGAAGCGCUCGUCCCGCCCCAAGCCCCGCGCGGGGGACGCCCGCCACCCGGCCCCGAACCCUAGCCCGCCCCCUGCCGCCGCCGCCUCCUCCCGCAGCCGUGAGCGCGAGCGCAAGCGUAGGCAGCGCGGCGCGUUCGCGGACCCGGCCGCCGCGGUGACCGCGCCCGCCGGCGGCGCCGUCCAGAAGCUCUGGAACGACGCCGACGAGGUCGCGCUCCUCGCCGGCGCCGCCGCCUUCCGCGCGCGCGCCGGCCACGUCCCGCGCCUCCCGGACAUGGGCGCGCUCUUCGACUCCAUCAGGGGCUCCCUCUCCCCGCACCUCGACCAGACCAAGGUGUACUACAAGCUGAAGCGGCUCAAGAGCAAGUUCCUCCACGCGGCGCCGGGCGCGUCCGCCGGCCCGCACGAGCGCCGCGUGCGCGACCUCUGCGCGAGCGUGUGGGGCGACGACCUGGAGCCCCUUGCCGAGGGCGACGACGAGGCGGGGGCUGACCAGCCGCGCACUGUCCCGGACGCCGCCGCCAUGCUGCCGGUGCUGACUGAGAUGCUUGAUGAGUACUGGAAGACCGAUGGGCGGGCGCUGUCUGGGGUGUCCCUGGAGAAGGGGUUGUCACUACUUGGGACCGAGGAGGCGAGAUUCAUCGAGGGCAAGUGGAGGAGGCAGCUUGAUUCAGAAAUACAAACACAGAUGCGGCGGCAUGAUCUGGCCAAGGAGGUCUACGCCUUGCUCAUGGACGCCAUCAAGGGCCUCGGGCCUUAGCCCGGGUACAAGGUGAUGAGUUAGAUAGAGCUGGGUCUGGGCACAUACAUCUGCCAUGCCUUUCUAUAGGCUGAUCGAACCACUGUACUCGGUUGAUGAUUGACAAGGCCAAGAAUCAAGUGGGGCUAUUUACGACUGUAUCAAAUAUUUUAGGUUCAUAGCUGUUACUUUUGCUACUCUCUCGUCAGAUUUAGAUGUGAAAAUGGUUUAGUCGCUUAACCUGUUUGUGAAUCGUUUGCUAACGUCUGUAUCUGUGAUAUUAGUGCAUUUUCAAGUGUAAUGCGCAACAUCUCGAUAUUUGUUACUACAUUGUGUGGGAAAAAAACAGUUAGCUCAUCUUGCAUAAUGAUUAUAUUGUUGAAAC